AGGAAAAAAAAGCGAAGCGAUAAGGUCCGACCAACCGGCACUGCGCAGCUGCACCCGUGUCCUGUAUAUUUUAUUUUCCCUUCGGUUUUGUUUUCAUUCGUUGUUGUUGUUUUUUUUGGGACGAGGCUGCUUCCUUUGCUCAGUUAAUGUGAAUUUUUAUUAUUAGUAUUAUUAUUAUUAUUAUUAUUACUGCUGCGCUGUUUUUAAACAGGAUUGGAAUUUUCACUCCUUGUCUUCCUAUAAGCAACUUUUCUGUUUACUGCAAGACCUGUUUCUCCGGGCGUCUGACACUUUCGGCUGGUUGGUCUGUAUGGACAGAUAUACGUCGCAAAAUUGAGCUUUUUUUUUCUUUUUCUUUAAAGUUUAAGCCGACAAAUAUUUUAUCACCUUGGAGUUAAGGAAGGCGUUUAAUCCACUGGACUGUCACCAAAUGCAAUUACAAUGACACUCUCUUCUUCGUGCUCUCGACACGACUAAAGUAAACCAGAUAAUGGCAGGGCCUCCUUCCCAGCGCCUGUUGCCCCCUUCUGGACCCAAAACACACUUCAGGAGCUUAGACCAUGCAGGAGGAACAGACUCGUUGAACACUGGACCAGUCAACACUGGGCCAGACCUCAAAUCACCACCACAAACCCCACUCAGAGAUAAGGACAGGCUGGACAUGGAUGAGGAUUCUCUGGGACGUUGCUCCAUCCGUGACAGGAGCAGCAUUGGGCAAGUUGCAGAUGGCAACGGUUUAGGGACAGGGGCAGGCACCUUCCAGAGCCUGUGGGAGCGGACAGUGGCGUCCGAUCCCGGUUUGUUCCAGCUACACUACAUGGACCUGGGCGAGUUCCUGACGGAGAACGGCAUGGCCAUGCAUGGAGCUCAAAUUCCCUCCCAGAGCUCGCAGUGCCCUUCUACAUCUCCUUCUCCGUGCUCUUCCUCUUCCUCGUCUUCAGCUUCCGCCGCCUCACCACCUACGCUACUUGGCUUGGACAUGCAGGUCCAGCAGAGCAUGCUGGGAGCUGUCGGCUGCUUGCACAGUCCUCCACAGGGCAGCCUUGAGACUACUCCAUCUCCGUCCUGCCCGCCACUCACUGCCCCACCCGUAACCAACGCCAAUGACAUGGUGACGACCUUUGACCCUGACCCUGCUGAUGUGGCCCUGUCCACCGUCCCAGGUCAGGAGGCAUUUGAUCCUCGCACACAUUGCUUUAGCGAAGAGGAUCUCAAGCCCCAGCCUGUGAUCAAAAAGGCUCGUAAGAUGCUCAUCCCUGAAAACUUAAAGGAUGAGAAAUAUUGGAAUCGGCGUUUGAAGAACAACGAGGCGGCUAAGCGCUCACGGGACGCUCGGCGGGUGAAAGAGAACCAGAUCUCGGUGCGUGCCGCCUUUUUGGAGCGAGAGAACGCUGCUCUACGUCUGGAAGUGGCCAACAUGCGCAAGGAGCUCGGGCGCUGCCGCAACAUUGUCAACAAAUAUGAAAACCGCUACGUCGAGCAGUUAUGAACAGGAAAGGAGAGAGAGAAGUAUACGGAUCACUGAAUGUGUUGAGUGACAAAGGACAUGAGCUGCAACUCACACAAAGGCACAAAAAAGAAAAAGAGAAAUACAUGAACAGAAAGCGUAAUGCAGGGAAAUGGACAAACAGGUUGUUUAUACUUUUGAGAUAAGAAAUAUAGGAUAAAGUUUUUUCCAUAAAGGACAGAAAUGUAUAUUUUUAUAAAUAGAGGCAUUCAAUAUGGGAAAGAGGAAUUUUUUCGAGGCUAUUUGAUGUGCUUAUAGGGGAAGAUUAUUUUAGAAGUGUGUUUGAUUGAGAAAGAAUGUCAAACUAUUGCUGUUUUCUGAAGCAUCUUUAGUUGGUAAUGCACUUAACGGGGGAUGGACAGAACUAUCUAUAUAUAAGGGGAAUAGAGGUGGAAAAGUAUAGGGUUUUGGAGUAAAAUUUUCAUCAAAUUGGUGGAAUAUUAAUUUAAGACUGUGAAAGGUAAGAUGUGUUUUAAAAUUUGCUACAAAUACUAUGAUUUGGUUUUGUUCAAGUACUUAAAUAGUUGUGUAAUUUUCAUGCGUUUGUGAUGAGAGUUCAGGUAGAUAGUUCCGUUUUUUGGAAGACAGAACAUUUCCUGAGUUUUGGCUUAUUAAAUUUAUAAUUAGCAGAUCUAACAGGUUUUAUAUUGAAUUGAGAUUUGGGUUUCUUUAGGAGGAAGAUGAGAGAGAGAGAGAAAGAAUGGAAUAGAUUGAGAUGCUUAAUAUUGACUUUUCCUUUUAUUCUUUCUUCGCUCUCUGUUCAUUGAUUUGAAUUAUAAAUGUAUUGUGAAAUUAGUCUUCACACAUGUACUCAGUUUCCUUUUUUUCCUUUUACUGAAAUAGACAUCUCCUUCUCUCCUUCCUCCCACACAGUUAACACUACAACGUCUGCGCUCACCAGAACUGUUGGUGCCACAGUGUUUAACUCCCUCACGUACUUGAACCCUCUAUAGAAAUGAUCCUUGCUGUGCAAAGCAUACGCUUGUAUAAUACUGAUACAAACGACAAGAAUUAUCCUUACCAGAUUGUGUAGAACAUACCGUCUGUAUUGUAUACAGAUAUUUAGUAUAUUUUCCACACAGAUUUGCAUUUUGAACUGAUUCUGCUUUUGUAGGUUGCUUGAGUACGUGUGUGCAAAGCUGUUCCAGGAAUCACAAGUUUUACAUCUCUGUCAUUUCUGGAAUUUUUUUAAUUUCAGCGACUGAACGGGAACAGUUACAAAUCAUGCCCUUGAGUUUUAAUAAUCUUCUUUUAAGAAUCUCAAUAUUAAUGCAUUCACAUCAUGGCAUGGCGCACUUCACUUGUUAUAGCACCUUGAAUAUUGACCUCUCCUUACAGCUUCUAAAUCUCUUUCUUUCUUUAGAUCACUUAUAAAGUUCUUUAAAAUCUUAUUGUACUAAAUAUUACAUUUACCUGUAAUAUGAUGAACUUUUGUUUUUCAUUUAGCUUUGCUCUAUAUUUCUGUUCCUGUAAAUGCACAACUCUUUCUUUAAUUGUGCAUGUUUUCGGCCACUUCGUCGUUGAUAGCUCUCACCGGUUCUGACUGGUGCCAGGCGGAUUUGCUUAUCCAAAGAGUGCAUCAUAAACCCUUUGAGACACUCUUGUCAUUGCCAGCGGUCACCACAAGCUGUCGAGGAACUGAACUUUUAAUUUUCUGUUUAGACAUUCCAUUACUUUUUCAGUCGUUUUUGGUGAUGUAGGUGUUUGAGCAGUGCACCCCCGCCCCCACCUGUUUUUUGUGUCAGCAGUGACAAUAUGAUGAUUUCCUUGCAACUUUCCAUCUUGGUUAACAGACUCAUGAACACAAGAUGAACAUCCUCAUCAUCCUUGAGUUAUGCAUCCCAGUGACCACUUUGCUCUUAGCCAAAGUAUUUUGAGGAAAUGUCUUUUAAUGGAGAACACAAAUAAAUAAUUCUUAUUCACGAA